AUGGACGACGGGGUCGUCCUGCGUGCGGGCCGCGCCGCUGGGGUCGCGCGGCAUCCCAAGCACGACGAGGAGUGCACACGCCCACCGAAGCGCGCCUGCCGUGGCGCAGGCGCAGACACGGAGGACGCCGGCCCCGAGCUCGUCACGCCAGCGUCGCUGCGCGAGGCGUACGCGGCGCGACGGCCCGUGGCGCCGCUCGGUGCGGACCUCGAGCCGGCCAAGUUUCGUGCGCCGAGUGCCGUGAGUGCGCGCCUGGUCGAGCGCGCGUCGCCCACGCGCACCAAGCAGGCGCCCGAGCGGUUCUCGCCCUCGGACAUGGCGCACGCUCAGCGGGCCGCCGCACACAUUGCAUCGCCCCUGCCGUACGCACUGUCCUCGUCGCUGCCGCUGCCGGCCGCAUUUGUGCAGCUGCUGGAACUGCACACGGCUGUAGAGCAGAGCCUGCUUGUGCACAUUGCCACGCACGGCGCGCCGACGGCCGAGCCUGUGCCGGACGACACCGCGCGCGUGCGUAUCCCGCACGUCAUCACGUUCCAGAAGCUGCGUCCGAUGGUCGAGCGCACAACCCGCCGCACCCUGGACGCGGCGUCGUUCCGGCGCCUCGCGUGGAUCUGGUCGCAUGCGCCAGGCGUGCCGACCGAUACGACAGGCGCCUACGACGCUGGCGGCAUGGGCUUUCUUGUGUCGUGCGUACGGACACUGCAUCCGACCACGCGGCGGCGCACGCUCGACUGGUCGCUCACCCUCGAGAUGUCGCUCCGGCGACCCCCCCCCACGCCGCCCUUGGAGGUGCACUACGGCUCGCCGUCCAACUUUGCCAGCCCAUCCAAGGGCGCGCCGGCCUCGCCGGCGCACGCGAGUCCGAGCCGCGAGGAGAUGAGCCACCUGGCCCUCUGGAACGCCGGCAUCGACGAGCGCCGCGCCGAGGUCGCGCGCCGUCUGCACCGCCUCGUCGCUGCUGCUCACACCACAUGGCUUGCCCAACACGGCCUUUCAGCCACGACGGCGGGCACCCCGACCCGCGCUACGUCGGACGCCCACGCCGCGCUUGCACGCGCCAUCGAUGCAGCGCCGCCACGCACGCCCAAGCGCGCCGGCCCACCAGGCCAGUCGCACACCGGACGGGCACGCUACGCGUGUGGUGCGCUCCAUCUCUGCGCUGUCGCCGCCGACGAGUCCCCUCGCGGCCCGCUCGAAGCGUGCGUCGCCAUCCCCGCCCAGCAGUGCGCGGCUCCCUGCGACGCCAUCGACGCCGUCCUCUGCGCGGUGCCUGCAGCCCAUGCUCCGAGCGUGGCACCCCGACUUUCCUCUGGACGAUAUGGCACCUAUACCCCUGGCUAA